CCCUUCCUUGGUUAUAAGCAAGAGAUCAACACAGGUGAGUUUUUCUGAGUUUACCACCUUUGCUGAUCUUCUACUGAAUGUGCAUUUAAUUUUUAAAGGUGUGUGCCGGGAGUACUGUGCGCAGUCGGACUUUGCAGCCGGCUGAUAGACCCAGUGCUGCACUGACAGGUGCACAGAGAUCACCCAGAUCUCACCAGUAAAGGACGUGUCUUUGGGAAGUGGUGAAAGCUUUCCUUUGGUUGUUCACCGUUGCUGUCUGCAGUUGGUUCUCCUCUUGGAGCUAAUAGCCACUCAUUGUUUUGUGACAUUUUGGAAGGUGGGAAAUACCAGGAGAAAAGAACCCAGUGCUGCCAAUGGCCAGUGGGAAUGAAAGGUCUGAGUCAAAGAGAUGCAGCCGAACGGAACAAAUCACCCACAAAAGAAGGAAUGAAGACCUCCUGACAUUCUACCUGCGUCAUCAGGAUGCACUAAGAAGUCCCUGCGCAUGCCACCAAAGCAACAUUUUCACUCUGCCAUGUUCUGACGCUAUGAGGAGAGACAUCCAAGUGCUUCAGAAGUUCAUCAGGAAGUACGAGCCCCGUGGAGCUGUUGUUACCAAAGAAGAAGUUGUUAUUGUCAGUAGAGACACUGAAGUUUGCAAACAAAUGUCACCAAAGAGCCUCACCAAUACUGCAACCCUAAUGAAAGAACACAGGAUAGAAGCAGGAAGCAGAGGCUGCCCAGAAUCCCAGAGCACAGACCUUGGGGGGCCUCCAAGAGGCAGGCCACGGUCACAGCCUCCAGCUCCAAGGGACCAAAGGGAACCAAAGGAUUUAGGUCUUCCCCCUGAUGAUUUCAGCAAGAAGGUCUAUGGGCUGGCAGCCACUUAUCUCUCAGUAGCAGUGGGACUUCUGGGCUGGUCCAGGCUACGGCUCCAGCUGGGGAACUAUUACUGGCUGUCACUCACUUUUGUGAUGUGCAUUGCUCUUAUCCUCCUGAGCUCUGCAGCCAACCAAAUGGGUUCCAUGAGUGCCUUUUACAGCUUCACAGUGACAGCAAUUGGAAGUGCAAUACUUGGAAUUAUUUCAGACUCCUAUGAGUCAGUGACAGUAAUGCUAGUUGGAGGAAUAACUGCAGCUGCAACCCUGUUACUGUAUUUAUUUGCUCUGAAGACAAAUCUAAAACAGCCUCUCUCUGCUCGGUGUCCUCAGAAACCCCUGACGAACCUGACCAUAUCGAGCACUUUGAGCAUCCUGUGGGCUGCUGGGGCAGUUGCCUGUGUCAUGAUAAACUCAUACAAAUUCCAGGCUUUGUACGCUCUGUUUGGAAUUCUGUUCUUUGCUACUGAUCUAACAAGGACAGUGACUGAGCUCCAAAGUCAGCCCACAGAAAUGCAGCGCUCCAUGGACCACGCUGAGGCAGCACAAGGACUUUUCAUACCCGUUGCUAUGAUUUUCUUCUUUACUUUGCUAUUAGUUGGCUGAACACAUGGCAAAGCGAAAUAUCUUGGCUGCCUUCAACUAUCAGCAAAGUGCCACUUUUACCUAAAGGAAGGUACACGACUGCUCGUUGAGGCAUUCUGGCAAGGUGGCUGUGGAAUGUAUUUUCAUGUAAUAGUAAUUCUAUGGAUGAAAAAUUUCUUAAGAUAGGGUAGCAGUGUAUUAACGAGAGAGUGAGCACAACAUACUGAGCUCAUCUGUAAAAUACUGUUUUCCUCACUGAUGAGAUGGUCCCAGGGCAAAGCUUAGGGCCAGGCCCCUUGAUCAAUGAAUUAUGUUGCAUUUAUUGUCAGAAUGGCACCCCAGUGAAAAGUUACGGACUGCAGAGAAGAGGGGAAAUGUUUGAGGGGAUGAUGAUGGUUACUGUGAAUAUCUUUUUUAAGGACUGUCAUUUGUACUUUUUGAUGCUUGGUAAUUUGAUAGAGCAGCAACCAGGAAUCGUGACAAAGUGCAAAAGCCAGGAGUGAUGUCACUUUAGGAUUAACUGCUGCAACAUGCUGAGCAUGGGCACACAUCUCGUAUGCAUGUAGUGAGUUAUUUAAGAACUUGAGAUUUAACCCUGUGUUAGCAUUAUACUGCUGGUUUUGGAGCAUUACGGGCAUUUAGAAAAUCUUUAAUUAUUGACAGUAUCCCUUAUAUACAUUUUGCCAGCUACAACAAUUUAGCAAAACUUAAAUACCACCUGAUUCAGUACUUGCAGUCUUCUGAUUAAAAUAUGCAGUCCACUACAUAUGGUCAUCUGCAUAAUUUUUACCAGUGUGUUCAGUAUUUUAUAAUAUGCCAUCCAAGUAUAUAUGUAAGACUUCUUGCUUUUUGCUGAUGCUAAAUACACUUGAAAUUGAAUAAAGCUGGAGGCAGUGCUUAA